AGGAGUGGAGUACGCGGCGCGAUUCCGCGGACGGCCAUUGCAAAUAACUCAGAAUAACUUGUACAAAGCUGGGUGCGUGAUACCGUGUCGUGCGGCACACGGGUGAGAAAUUUCGGUGGACCGACGUUUAUCUUUGUACUAAAGUGCCCCGUGUAAACCUCGGGACGCGCACGACAUUCCGGCCCGAUGGCUGAAACCGACAAAUUGAACAUUGACAACAUCAUAGCUCGUCUCUUAGAAGUACGAGGAGCAAGACCAGGAAAAAAUGUUCAGUUAACAGAAGUGGAGAUUAGAGGAUUGUGUCUCAAGUCACGUGAAAUCUUUUUAUCACAACCCAUCCUUUUAGAACUAGAAGCACCAUUGAAAAUAUGUGGUGAUAUACAUGGACAAUAUUAUGAUUUGUUGCGAUUGUUCGAGUACGGUGGUUUUCCUCCUGAAAGCAACUACCUUUUCUUAGGAGAUUACGUUGAUAGAGGGAAACAAUCGUUGGAGACUAUUUGUCUCCUUCUUGCCUAUAAGAUCAAGUAUCCAGAAAAUUUUUUCUUGUUAAGAGGAAAUCAUGAAUGUGCAUCCAUCAAUAGGAUAUAUGGAUUUUAUGAUGAAUGUAAACGUCGUUACAACAUUAAACUAUGGAAAACGUUUACUGAUUGCUUCAAUUGUCUACCUGUUGCUGCGAUAGUAGAUGAGAAGAUAUUUUGCUGCCAUGGAGGCUUGAGUCCGGAUCUGCAAAGCAUGGAGCAGAUCAGACGUAUCAUGCGGCCGACAGAUGUACCUGAUCAGGGAUUGCUCUGCGAUUUAUUGUGGUCUGAUCCCGAUAAAGACACUAUGGGUUGGGGCGAAAAUGAUCGCGGUGUAUCGUUCACUUUCGGCGCAGAAGUCGUUGCCAAGUUUUUACACAAGCAUGAUUUUGAUCUUAUAUGCCGUGCGCAUCAGGUGGUGGAAGAUGGUUAUGAAUUUUUUGCCAAACGACAGUUAGUGACGUUGUUCUCGGCUCCGAACUACUGCGGCGAGUUUGACAAUGCAGGUGCCAUGAUGUCAGUGGAUGAGACUCUCAUGUGCAGUUUCCAAAUUUUAAAACCGGCCGAUAAGAGAAAAUUCACUUAUGGUGGUCUGAACGCUGGACGGCCUGUUACGCCACCACGGGGUGCAAACAACAAAAAUAAGAAGAAAUGAAGUCCUUAGAUUUAUCUUUUCGAUUGCGAUGCUUAGGACUGCUACCGCCCAAACCAACAUCUAUCUAUCAAGACAUUGAGCCCUGGUGUGAGAAACAAAGAGAGAGAGAGAGAGAGAGAGAGAAAAGUUAUAAUUAUUACAUUAUUAUUUUUGAUCGACUAUGAAGCCUGUGUGCAAAUAAUUACAAAAGGCGGAAUACAUCUAUCGGACAAUCCGGAGGGGCGUUGCUUUUCACAGAGUUUAUCAAAAGUAGUAAGUGAUAGUACAUACGUUGUAGCUAAAUGUGUUACCGUAUAAAAACAAAAUAGUAGCGAUAAAACCAAUUGAUCGAUCAUAAAAUUAGAAAGAAUUUUACGUGGUUUUCACGAUAUUCUUAACAAUUGAAAAGUAUGAAGUAGAAAAAAAAGAAAGACACUUUCACUACAAUUUGUCAAUCGUUACAUCUGCAUCUUGUAGCUUAUUCAUUAUUUGCAUUUACACUCGUCAGGUGUCGUAAAUAUCCGAUUACUCGAGAAAAGACGUAACAUUUUUUUUUUAUCACUUUACUCUGUGAGAAAAGUCGAUAUGAUAAUUGUGUCACACACACAC